AUGACAAACAAAAAUGAAGAGAAAGAUGUAUCCAAGAAGAUAAGAGAGAUUUAUAGAUACGAUGAGAUGUCUAACAAGGUACUGAAAGCAGAUAAAAGGUUGCAAGUUGUACAAACAGACCCAAUAAAAGAUGCUGAAAUGUCUACUCCAAAGUCAAUGAGUGGCAGAAUAUCGGCCAAAGAGAUGGGUAUGGGCUCCCGUAAUGAUUUGAGUGAUUCUGAUAGAGAAAAGGCCAAAAAAGAAGCAGAUUCUGUCCUAAAUAGACAGGAACGGAGGGUUACAAGAUUUCCUUCACAUUUAAGGACUUCAAACGUUUUGGAUCUUGGGAAUGCUUCAAUGCUGAACUAUAGCCCAAAUGAUGCUGAAAAUGUGGACACCUAUGGAGAGAUACUACAGUGGGUGUCUGACAGAUUAGGUACUGAUAUUCCACACGACAUAAUAAUGAGUACCGCAGAUAUACUGAUAAGGAUACUGAAAAGUGAUGAAAAUUAUUCAGAUGCCAGUUUAUCCAGUAAAAGACAGAAAAUUGAGGAAAAUCUUGAAAUAAAAAUAAGCUUGGCAGAUUUUAAUGAUCUAGUAAGGUUGACAAAAAAAAUAACUGACUUUAAUGUUAAAUCUAGCGAAUCUAAUGACCAAAAUAUCCCUGUCUUAGGAGAUAGUGAUUCAGAGCCUGAUGAGCAACGAUACAUAAAUACAUUGGAACAACAGCUCUCGGAUCUUGAAGAUGAAAUAUCAACAGAAAAUUUACCUAAAGAUGACGCAGAAAAGAGGGAUGAGUACAAUGAAGAUGAAAAAGAAGUUCUCAUAUUUUCAACAUCAAAUGACGGAAUCCCACCAAUUUACCUGAUUAAUGAAGCUUAUGUUGGUUCUCUGAUAAAAAGAGAAACAAAUAGCUCAAAAGUUCAAGAUGAUCUGCAACAAAGAAUUAUUCAUGAGCUAGAAACGACAGAGUAUGAUUCCAAAAAAUUGAGAAAAACUUUAUCGGAACUUCUCGACUUCGAACAUCUCAAGUUAUCUGAAUUUAUAUUAAAGCACCAAUCGAAACUACUAUGGGGUUUAAGACUGUCACGCUGCGAGGAAGAAAGCAUUCCCCAGUUACUAGACGAGAUGUUAAUGAAAGGUCUUGACGAUCUGGUAAGAGAAUACGAGAGAAACGAAACCGCUGAGAGAAAAAGAAAAUUUGAUGAUGUUUCAGAAAGUUAUUCAAGCCAAGGUUUGAAAUCUUACAAAAAAAGAAAACCUACCGGUGUACACAGACUCCCACCUAUACUCGAGCUAGAUUCUUCUACAUUUGCAGAGAAUCCCAAAUUAAUGACCGUUAGUAAAGUAUCUUUACCAGAAGGUUCUUUCAAGCGUGUAAAGCCAACCUAUGAUGAAAUUCAUAUCCCACCGCCUCAAAAAGCGACUAUAAAUUACGAACUUUUGCCAAUCUCUUCAUUACCUGACUGGGCAAGGAACUCUUUUCCCUCUGCUGAAACGGACACGUUCAAUGCUAUUCAGUCCAAAGUUUUCGAUAAUGCAUUUCAUAGUGACGACAACCUUUUAGUAUGCGCUCCUACCGGUGCAGGUAAGACUAAUAUUGCAAUGCUUACUGUACUACAAACCAUGUCAGCUUUUUUCGAUACACGUACUCAAAAGGUAGAUCUCAAGAGGUUCAAAGUAGUCUAUAUUGCCCCUCUCAAAGCUUUGGUUCAAGAGCAAGUAAGAGAGUUCCAGAGAAGGUUAUCGUAUCUUGGUAUAAAAGUAGCUGAGUUAACAGGUGAUACUAGACUCACUAAGCAACAAAUUGCAGAGACCCAAAUUCUGGUUACAACACCUGAGAAAUGGGAUAUUAUUACAAGAAAAAUGGAUGAAUCUUCCUUCGCACAGCUUGUCCGUUUGAUUAUCAUUGAUGAGGUUCAUUUGCUCCAUGACCAAAGGGGUCCUGUUUUAGAAAGCAUCGUGGCAAGAACUUUAUGGUCUGCUCAAGUAAUCGAACGGCCUCGUCUAGUUGCGUUGUCAGCAACUCUUCCAAAUUACAGAGACGUUGCAAGAUUUUUGCGUGUACCUGAAGACCAUGUUUUUUACUUUAGUUCCUCCUUCAGACCAUGCCCAUUGGCGCAACAAUUCUGUGGUGUAAAAGAAAAAAGCCCGCUUAAACGACGCAGCGCGAUGAAUGAUGCUUGUUAUGAUAAGGUAGUUGAAUCGCUAACAGAAAAUCAUCAAAUAAUUGUUUUUGUGCAUUCAAGGAAGGACACUAUCCGAACGGCAAAAUGGCUAAAGGAUAAGCUUCUUGAAAACGAUCAACACGAGAAGUUAUUAAAGUCAUCCUCAGGAUCGAAAGCAAUUUUGGAGUCUGAAUCUGAAAAUGUUGAAAGCCCCGCCCUCAAACCGAUUUUGAAAUAUGGUAUUGGAAUCCAUCAUGCUGGUUUGUCUAAGAAUGAUAGAGCAUUGUCCGAAGACUUAUUUGCGGAUGGCGUACUCCAGAUUUUGGUUUCUACCGCCACUUUAGCGUGGGGUGUAAAUUUACCUGCACAUACUGUGAUUAUCAAAGGAACAGAUGUCUACUCGCCUGAGAAAGGUGACUGGGAGCAGUUAUCCCCCCAAGAUAUUCUACAAAUGCUUGGUAGAGCAGGUAGGCCACGUUAUGACACUAAUGGGGAAGGUAUUAUCAUAACUAACCAAAGUGAUGUACAGUAUUACCUGGCAGUUUUGAACCAACAACUACCCAUUGAAUCUAGAUUUGUUUCAAAAUUGAUAGAUAAUAUCAACGCAGAAGUUGUUUCCGGUAGCAUUAAAAGCAGAGCUGACGCAGUAGAUUGGUUGAGCUUCACGUAUCUAUAUGUCAGAAUGUUGACAGCUCCAGAACUGUAUAAUGUCACUAUACCAGAUGAUGAUUUUAAUUUGUAUUCUUAUAGAGAAAGUCUUGUGCAUACUGCCUUUCAUAUUUUACAUGAACAAGGGCUUAUUCUAUACAAUCCUGAGGAAGCACUGGUAGAACCAACAGACUUAGGUCGCAUAGCGUCAUAUUUUUACAUAAACUAUUCUUCUAUGAACCUAUUCAGUCGCGAACUUAGCGGAAACAGUGCAUUAAUGGACGUCUUUAGAGUAUUUUCCAUGGCUGAUGAAUUCAAAUACAUAUCCACUAGAAUAGAAGAAAGGAGGGAAUUAAAGGAGCUUUUUGAAAAAGUACCAAUUCCAAUCAAAGAUGACAUUGAAAGUCCAUUGACCAAAAUAAAUGUACUCUUACAAGCUUAUAUUUCAAAGCUCUCAUUCGAUGGAUUUGCCUUGAAUUCUGAUAUGGUUUUUGUUCAUCAAAAUGCUGGAAGAUUAUUGAGAGCAAUGUAUGAGGUUUGUCUAAAAAAGUCUUGGGCUAAAUCCACUAGACUGCUGCUGACUUUAUGUAAGUCUGUCGAAAGAAGAAUGUGGAUCACGAAUUCCCCACUCAGACAAUUCCGGAAAUGUCCUUUGGAUGUGAUAAAGAGAACAGAGGCCUCAAAUCUACCCUGGACCGAAUACUUAAAAUUGAGUUCACCAAUGGAAGUGGGUCGUACUAUCAGAUCAGAAAAGCAUAGUAAACUCGUGUUUGAUUUAUUGCAGAGAUUUCCGAAAAUUUCAUUGAACUCUAAUGUACAACCAAUAACUGCAAGUUUAAUAAGCUUCGAGGUAGAGGUGCUAGGUAAUUGGUUAUGGGACAGUAAAGUUCACGGCUCUGCAGAAGCGUUUAUUCUUCUUGUAGAAGAUACGGAUGGGAACGAAAUAUUGUAUAGUCAAUCAUUUCUUUUAACCUCUGAGAGUAUUGGAAGAGAACAAAUUUUUCAAUUCUCGAUCCAGUUAACGCCUUCACAACAAAAGAGGCUUCCACCAAAUUAUUUUAUCAGUGUCAUUUCUGAAAAGUGGCUUCACUCUGAAUUCCAACUUGCUACCUCCAUGAGUAAUGUUCAAAUGCCCAAGAAAUUCCCACCUCCUACUGAUUUAGAGGAUUUACCUCUAGUAUCUACAGCGGCUCUUGAAAACGAAGAGUUUUCCUCUAUUUUGAGUUUCGAGGCCUUUAACAAAAUUCAAAGCAAUAUCUUUGAUGUGCUCUAUCAUUCUAAUGAAAAUAUCUUUAUUGGGGCCACCAAAGGUUCAGGAAAGACAUCAUUAGCAGAGGUAGCAAUCAUGAAUAUUUGGAGACAAAAUAAGGGAAGGAUUCUUUACAUUUGCCCCUCCCAAGUCCAAAUAGACCGAUUAUACGAAGAUUGGAAUCAUAGACUUUCGAAGGUUGCUGGUGGUAAGGUAAUACACAAGCUAGGAGACAACACUCCCACCAAUUUACGGUUAAUCAAUACUAGCCAUUUGAUAUUGUCUACACCAGAACAAUUUGAUCUUGUAUCUCGAAGAUGGAGACAACGUAAGAGUAUCCAUGCCUUAGAACUGCUAAUUUUUGAUGAUGCACAUCAAGUUGGCAAUGGCAUACAAGGUGCUGUCUACGAAAAUGUAAUAUCGAGGAUGAUGUUCAUCUCAAUCCAAUUGGAGAAGAGCAUGAGAAUUGUAGCGCUAUCAACGUGCUUAUCAAAUGCUCGAGAUUUUUCAGACUGGAUAGGUGUAAAAAAAGAGAACAUUUACAAUUUUUCACCCGAAGUGAGAAUUAAUCCUCUUCAGGUUCAUUUGCAGGCCUUUAAUAUUGGAGAAGAUACACACGCAACCAUACCAAUGAUAGAUCUAGCUUUUAAAACUGCUCUGGAAACGAUGUCAAGUAACUCCACCGCUAUUAUUUAUGUGCCAACCCGGAAAGAGUGUAUAAGAGUCUUUUCUAGAUUAUCUCAUAUCAGUAAGUCUAACAGAUUAGAGAUACCUGAAUUCACCUUUGAUGAGCUACAACCUUUCACCACUGCCGUCCAUGAGAAAGCUCUCAAAAAUAUGUUGGCAAACGGGGUAGGUAUGUUGUACAAGGCAAUGGACGCAAAUGACAGAAGAAUUAUAGUGGAGCUUUACCAACAAGGAAUAUUAUCCCUUUUAUUAAUUGAAAGAGAGUGUCACGAUGAAUCUUUAACUUCAACUAAUAUCGUUAUUUUAGGGACGCAGUUCUUUGAAAGCACCGAACAGAGAUAUGUCAAUUACUCGGUUAAUGAGCUUCUUGAGAUGGUUGGUAAUGCUAAAAGUACUAAUAUGAUAGCCCCUGCAAAGGUAACUGUACUAACCACAUCCAAUAGGAAAAAUUAUUACAAAAAAUUUCUUUCUGAAUCUCUUCCAAUUGAAAGUUUCAUGUACUUUUAUUUGCACGACACUUUUAUAAAUGAGAUCAAUAAUAAAAUAAUAAGAAGCAAACAAGAUUGUAUCGAUUGGAUAACGUACACUUAUUUUUUCCGAAGAAUCCAUGCAAAUCCAAGCUUCUAUGGUGUUAAAGACUCUUCUUCACAUGGAAUAUCAGCAUUCUUGACAGAACUGGUAGAGUCGACAUUGAAAGAUUUAGUUGAUGCAUCACUGAUUGAAUUAGACAUGGGCGGCUUACCUGAACAGGAAGAUGAACAAAAUGGCGAGUCAGAAAAUAUCGAAUCAAUCGAACCCCUCAAUGGGGCGCUUAUAUGCUCCCAUUAUCAACUGUCUUUUUACACCAUGCAUUCAUUCUCAAAGUCUCUAUCACGUAAUUCGACCCUUAGAGACAUUGUUGAGAUUUUGGCUGGUGCAAACGAAUUUACUAAUCUUCCAGCAAGAGAGGAUGACUAUUCAAAGCUGUUAAAAUUGCAUAAUCUGUGCCCUUUGAAGUUUUCUGGUAACGCAAGAACUGAAUUUACUAAAUUCAAGGUUUUUGUCCUUCUGCAGGCAUAUUUUUCAAGAUUAGGAUUAUCGCUCGAGCUUCAACAGGAUUUGGCAUCAGUUCUGAAAAGAGCUCUUCCUUUGAUUAAUGCCAUUGUCGAUUUACUUGCAAGUGAAGGAUAUUUAAAUGCUACAAUAGCCAUGGAUGUGUCUCAGAUGUUAGUUCAAGCUGUCUGGGAUGUGGACAGUCCAUUAAGACAGAUACCGUUCUUCGAUGAUACUAUUUUAGCCAAGUGCUCUGAAAAGAAGAUUGAAACUGUGUACGAUAUCAUGGCAUUAGAAGAUGAAGAUCGUGAAUACAUUAUGGAGUUGGAGCACAAUAAGUUAAUUACGGUCGCCAACUUUAUUAAUAAUUAUCCAAACAUUGAAAUGAAGUAUUCUCUUGAUACGGCAACUCCUAUAAAGCAAGAUACUCCAAGAACUCUUACGGUUCAGUUAACCAAAGAUGAUGUUCCAGAAACUCUAGAUGUUGUGUCAGAAAGGUUUCCUUAUGAUAAACAAGAAAGCUGGUGGAUAGUCAUCGGAAGUAUCUCUAAAAGAGAACUCUAUGCAAUAAAAAAGGUUUCAUUAGCUGAGGAAACCCAAUCUUUUGACGUUGAAUUUACACUAAAUGAAAAAGGCUCAUAUGAUCUAACUGCUUGGAGCGUUUGCGACUCAUAUUUAGAUGCUGACAAGGAAAUUUCCUUCAAUGUCGAAGUUGUUUAA